CUGAACCUCGCCUAUCGUAUCUCAACACUUACCCAGAGAAGGCACACACGGAAACGGUUGCGUCCACCGCACAUUUCCUUUCCACGCCUUCUUUGAAGAAGAUGUCUACUGUCGGAGUUUGUCCGUGUGUGCGACAACACACAGCGUCUCUCUAGUCGGACAGACAUACAGGCCCAACUUGCGAUUCUGCGAAGGAUUUCAACCACUUUGGAGAAGCCAAACCAGGGGUUAACUCCAUUGUCUAAGUUUGCCCUGUGGCUAACUGGUGGCUAAUUUGAGCCCGGAUUUAUCGUAAUAGACAUUGCCUGUCAUCUCGGUUGAUGAACAGUCCUUGAGUCCUGACAUCCGGACCUUAGGAUGAAGCUGUGUAUAAUAACCGCGGUCAUCACUACUGCUCUAAUAUUAGCAGACGUAACGUCCUGUUACGCUCAAGGAUGCGAAUCUAUCAGGUACAGUCGUUGCAUGGGCCUGUCGUACUCCCAAACAUCCUUCCCGAACCUCGUGCAGUGGCCCAAUCAGGACUAUGCUCUUCUGGCUGCCCCGACAGUGUUCCCAACAUACGACCCUAUCAGUGACUGUCAUCCGGACUUGAAUUUCUUCCUGUGUUCAAUUUUCUUUCCCCAGUGUACGUCAGAAGGACAAAUUUUCCCAUGUCGCUCCUUUUGCAAUGAGAUCAACGCUACAUGCGGGGAACGAGCUCUGGCCGCCGGCGUUCAGUGGGAUGCUUCACUUUGUUCGCAACUCCCUGAGGAUAGCUGUUCCGUACCGAACGAAUGUGAGCCUAUCCAGUACAGCGGUUGCAUGGGCCUUUCAUACUCCCAAACAUCCUUCCCGAACCUCGUGCAGUGGCCCAAUCAGGACUAUGCUCUUCUGGCUGCCCCGACAGUGUUCCCAACAUACGACCCUAUCAGUGACUGUCAUCCGGACUUGAAUUUCUUCCUGUGUUCGAUUUUCUUUCCCCAGUGUACAUCUGAUGGGCAAGUGUGAGUAUCUUGGGGAGCUAUUAAAUAGUCGACUAUAACUGCAUAAGUCAUUGAUCAUCUUUACUCAACAUUAAAGCUAAAGAAAAGGGCAUCGGUUUCAAUUUCAACUUAUCCAAUAUAUCAUGUACCAAGCACAGGAAGA